AUGACAGCCGCGGACGCCGCGGAUGCGUUCGUGAAGUGUUGCGGAUCGCCCGAGUUCGGCCGGAGGAUGGCUGCGGCCAGGCCGUUCUCGAGCUUCGACGACGUGCUGGCUGCGAGCAGGAAGGUUUGGUACGACUGCCCCGUCGCGGAGUGGGAGCUGGCGUUCAAGGCGCACCCGAGGAUCGGGGACGUCUCGAAGCUCAAGGAGAAGUUCGCGUCGACCGCCAGCUGGUGCGAGGGCGAGCAGUCGGCGGCGCAGGCGAGCAUGGACGACGCCACGAUCAACGAGCUCGCGGAGUGGAACAAGAGGUACGAGGAAAAGUUUGGAAGGGUCUUCCUCAUCUGCGCGUCUGGCAAACCCGCGCACGUCAUCCUCGCCGCGCUCAAGGAGAGGUACCCGAACGAGCAGGACGUCGAGCUCAGAAACGCCGCGGACGAACAGCAGAAGAUCACCGAGAUUCGCCUCGAGAAGCUCCGAGCGGACCUCACGGCGAAGUUGUAA